UCCCUCAGGCGCACAGAGUGAACAGAAGUCAAUGUCGAGAGCUCUUCCGAAAGACGACCAGUUCAAAGCGGCGGCGGCUGGGGACCCCGAAUGGCUGACCCUCAGCCUGAAACACGCGGUGGCACUGCUGGACACAGACGAACACGGUGUGUCUGCGCUCCACGUGGCCUGUCUCCACGGUCAGUUGACGUGCGUAAAGCUGCUCCUGGAAUCCGGCCUCGUGGACAUCAACGGCGGCUGUGGUCAGGGCAGACGGCCCGUCCACAUGGUCCUGUCCACCCAGAGCUCACCCAACACCUCCGCCUGCCUCGAGUACCUGCUGGACCGCGGCGCUGAUGUCAACGUCUCUACUACCUCCGCGGUCACCCCGCUGCACUCGGCAGCGGCCGAGGGCAUGCUAGCUUGCACGAAGAUGCUGGUGCGAGCCCGGGCGGACGUGCACGCAUGUGACAAGAACGGGCACACCCCACUGGACAUGGCACGCUCCUACUGUCACAGGUUGGUGGCACGGUAUCUCAAAGACUGUAUGUGGAAAGCCAACAAAAAGAGAGAGCUAGAGAUGAAGAGGCAGGUGCAGAUCCUCUACCGGGACCUAGUGCUCAUGAGCAAACUGGACGAAGGCAGAGAGAAAACGAGGAGGCGGGCGUUGAUUGAGAAGAAGACGGAGGAGUGGGCUAGCAGGAAAGGCCUAGGGCCCCCCCCGGACCCGCCGGCCAGCAGCAGCCUGGUCAGCCAGUUCCACCGGCAGUGCCUCCUCUCUGAGCCUCCAGAGAGCCGACCCAAGCCUCGGGCCCAGACACGGGCGCAGCAAGGAGACCCUAGGCAGCGCUGGAACACCUCGACCCACACCACCAGGUCGCCUCCUCCACCCCCGACCUCCGUCUCCAAACCCCCCCAGGCGGUCCGCAUGGACGACCAACCCACGGAGAGCCCCUCUCCGGAGCCGGACCUGCGGGGCUGGGUCACCCUGUCCAAGGCCACCGACGGGGGGCACCACCACGAGUACACCACCCGGUGGGAGAGCUCCCCCUGCCGGGCCCCCGACCUGCCGCUGGACGCCCUGGAGAGGGGCCUGUUCCCCAGGGCCUUCCCCGGGAGGAUGGCCUCCCCGCGGGACUACCGGCCCUGGAGCAUCCUGGACCAGCCGCGCCUCGGGGUCCCCCCAGGACAGGGCGGCGCCUCCCCCUGGACAGAGGUGGCGCUGCACCUGCCGGACGUCCUGGAGCCCGGACACUACUGAGCCAGCGAGGGGUUCUGAGGAACAACAAGGCCCCUGGGGGGCUUUGCCUAAGUCAAAUAGAUGAAUGGGGCAGGUAGUGAUUAUGGAAUGUAAAAAGCACUCUUAUUGGCUUAUGACACAGGGGUGAUUCAGGAGCGGAAGUAGAGUAGAGUUAGGUUAGAUAUCACAAUUUGGCAAAAAUAUGAAUAUAUGCAAUAAUGCUAAGAGGCUAACAAAAUGCUUGUGUUCAGUGUGGGUGGUUGAUGGCUGGUUUAACCAGCUUCACCUGGCCCAAGUCAGACUGAUUGGACUCUAGUGGCUGGGUGAGGCUGCACACCUGUGAUCCAUUGACCAAUCAAUGCACCCAGGUUGAAUCAGCAGUCACACACACAGUAGAGAGCCCAGAAAAGCAGGGAGCACUGCUACAAGAGGGGAUGCAUUUUUCAAGAAGAUAUGUGCCAACUGUUUUAUGACUUUAUAUUCAAAGUAGAAACUAAGAAUAAUCGUUUCAAUAAAAAGAUCACAAAUAUAGUGUAAUUGAUAUAACUAUAAAAAUAAACGAUAUAAACGAAACAAUGAGGAAAAAUCCUUUGUAUGUCAAUUGUGUGCUUCCAUUGUUGACAUCUCCCCUGAAUCACUUUCAAGAAUUAAACAAAACACGGCUCAUUUGACACCUAGCCGAUACUUCUACGUCUCUAGAUACCGAACAUUUCAAUGCCAGAGACCAAACAGAAUAUUUUAGACGAUUUAAGACGUAGGUGAAGAGGUGAACACGCUGAGGGGGGGGGUGGGGUGAACCGAAGGUGAGACUGAACUGGGCCACUUGUCUGACGUACGGAGCCUCACACUCUCCCUCGUCAGGCCUCAGGGAAAUGAGUGUGUGGUGGAGGGCAUGUCAACAGCAGCCCAGGUGUGUGGGGCUGAACCACGUUACCAAAGGAAUUUUCUUUUGUUUGUGUGUGAUUGGCUUUGUCCUCUAACAGUGAGUACCGUCACAUAUGGCUGUUCGCUAGGAGUACUGCUUUGUACGCGUAUCGUGAAAGAAAUUGAUGUUGCAGGAUGCGUUUUCCCUAACAAUGUAGUAUAUACAUGUAAAGUAGUAUAUGUAGUUCUUUCCACCUCGUGCA